AUGGGUCGAAGAAAGAUCGAGAUCAAGGCGAUCAAAGAUGAUCGCAACCGCUCAGUAACGUUUUUAAAACGGAAGGGUGGCUUGUUCAAGAAAGCACAUGAGCUCGCAGUUCUAUGUUCCGUAGAUGUCGCCGUAAUAAUAUUUGGCCACAACAAGAAACUUUACGAAUUCUCAUCAUGUGAUAUGCGCGAGACGUUGCAUCGAUAUCAAUACCUCGGUCCGCCGCAUGAGCAUAAGGGUCCGGAGGAUUUUAACGGCAGGCGUGAUGACGAUGAUGAUGAGGAUGAAGAUGGCACCACACCUGCUCCGGAAGAUAUGCAUCCCACGCCCCCUCAGAAUGCCCCCCCGAUGAUUCCGCCUCAUCUCCAAGGCCAUCCAGGCUUCCAGCAUGUCAACCACGCACCAUCAGCCUCUCCUCCUAUCGGCAAUGGCAUCCCUUUCGAUCCCCGCCAUGGAACACCUCAACCGCAAGGUGUUUCUAGGCCUUCCUCUCGAAAUCACCUUCGACGAGUGAGCUCAAAUAUCGGUACUCAGUCGCAUCAUGCUACCCCCCCGCCGCCCCCGCCGCCUCAGAAUGGAUUCGCCUUCAUGCCCAACCCAUCCGUGUAUAAUCCCAACGCCCACAAUCUUAGCCAACCGCCCCGGCCCGCUCAGUUUGCGCAUUUUGGGCCUCCGCCUGGAGCGCAACAUCCCCCGCCGCCUCAGCAUCAGCCCAUGCCUGCGCACUCUUUGCCACCGCACUCUAUGCCCCCUCAGUCAAUCGCCCCGCACCAUCAAACACCCCCGCCGCACAUCCAACACCAACAUCAUCUUAUGGCUCCCCAGGCGCCUCCAAUGGGUAUCUCGCAAGCGCCGCAUGCCCCGGUACCGCAGGUCGCUCAAGCCUUCAUGCCUGAGCAAGGGAGAAGCUCAAUGCCGCCAACAUUCACGUCGGAACAUCAGCAGCCGCCCCCUCGAACGGUCUCCCUACCCGAAGCGCCCUUACCAGAUCAAAUACCUGGUCCCAUGAAGACGGAAGGGAGUCAGUCGCCACCUCACCAAAGAUCACUAUCCUCCAAGUCGCGGAGUAUCUUCACACCCAUCGACGAUCGGGGUUCGGUUCUAGCGCGGCAUUUUGGAGUCGGCCCUCCUAUAUCACCUGGCUCUCAAGCAAAGCUUGAAUCGGCACAGGCUGAAUCCGCUGAUCCAAAGCCUAUGAGCCAUCCAGUCGCGCCUCCGCCCCCUCUUCGCGCUGCGACGGAGACACCAUCUUCGCAAUCGGCUGCCGAUCUCAAGCCGCCGCCAAUACGAACAAAUAGUGGUCAAUUGCCAAAGCGCCCACAACUUAAAGUCCAGAUACCAAGCGAGAACUCGGAUCACGGCAGUGCGACGGCGGAAUCAUCCUCACGCGACUCCGCGGGAAACAAGACGCUUACGCCGGCUAAAGCCAAUCCCGAUACCAAUCACUCAGGAGUAGUUUUGCCUCCACCGUCACCAUCGGCCGGCGCGAUACUCAGUGCGGGGGCCCAAGGGCCCCCAAAUCCAUUCGCGAGGCCACCGCCUCCUGCUGCGGCUGCUGCAGCCGCAGCCCAAAACAAUAGCGCGUAUAAUAACAACAACAAUAUAGAGACACCGAUAUCCGCACUUCCUAGUCGCUUUGUAUCGGAUGCACUCCUUCCGUCACCGUCCAGCUUCUUCCCAGAGUGGGGUUUCGGUCGCUCUGGCCCGGACAGUAAUAUGCUUCCAAGUCCUCUCACUUUCCCGACGCCAGCAGUUCAAACGGGGCCCAGUUUUGGACGGGAAGACGAACAAGACAAAAAGCGCAAAAGCCCAGAUAGUGGACCGAAUGCCGAAGGAACCACGAAGAAAACAAAGACGUGA